AUGGGGGUGCCUGGGCCGAACCAGCCGCUGGGCCGGGAUGCUGCCACCCUCGAAGGAGCGGCCUCGGGGGGCCGGGGAGCACCUGGGGGGGCGUCGGGCGAGACCCCCGUGGCAGAGUUGGCGGGUGCUGGCCGAGAGGAACCAGAGCGUGGCCCCGUGGGCGUCUGGGUGGAGAGUGCCCCGGGGCAGCCGGAGCAGAGCCUGGCCUUCGCUUCGGCGUUUCAGGUGGAGGAGGAGCUGAAGGAGCAGCAACGGGAGAAGGCAGCCAGCCUGAGACGCUUCCAGGGAGAGGUGAAGCAGCGGGUGAACCAGCAGGUCAGGAUGCGAAGAAAGCAGCAGCUGCAGAAGUCCUACGAAGCGGCAGAGAGGGAGAGCUGCAUCGCCGUGCAGUACUCGGACUCCGCGCUGCGCUUCACCCCCAGGAAGAACACGUGCCUGUUUCGGAGCCGCCCCGAGCCUGCCAUCUGCGGUCCCGACGCUCGCGCCGGCCCGGCGCAGCGGCAAGGGAUGCAAAACGAGCCGUUCCAGCAGCAAGCCGCCAAGCUCAGCAAAACCGUGAAGCAAGUUCGGCGCCGGCUGGCGUCCUGCAAAACCGUACCCCAAGGAGCGGGUCCCCCUGAACUCCCCGGCGGCGUCUGGAGGCGAGAGAAACCAGAGUCUUGCGAAACGGCCCCGGUGCCUGCAGAAGAUGAGAGUGAGGAGCUGCUUCUGGCGGGCCAUCACGAUCUUCCAGCUGAACUGCAAGACCAGGGGACAGCCCCGCAUCAGGCUGAGCAAGACGAUGACUUCUACAUCAAAAUUGAAUUUGAAAAAUUCUGUGACGGAUCGGUGAAGGACUCGAGCUUGCCCGAGCCUCCCCAGAGGCUGCACACCGAUUACCGACCUCCCCUCGUACUCUGGGCUGGCGUAGACCAAGAGGAAACCAAGAAGCAGCGUCAGAACGAGUACCUGCGGUACAGGCGCCUCUUCAUGAACGUCGAACGAGAGCAAGUGAAGGAACAGCGGAGGCAGAAGGAGAGGCAGAAGAGAAUCGCCGAGAUUAAGAACAAGAAGGAAAACCAGCGCCGGGCGGAAGAGCGGAGGAUGCAGGAGAUGGCUGACCAGCAAGAACCCUUCCCGGGAGAGGGAGCCUGUGAAACCCUGGCCCAGCUUAAACUGGAGGAGAGGGGAGCGAAGAAGGUUAAGGAAAAACAGCAGCGAAAUAAGGAGUACGUGAGGUACAUCGAAGCUCUAAGAGCCCAGCUGAGGGAGAAGAUAAAACUAUAUAACAUCGACUUGCCCCCGCUGUGCUCCUGCGGCUCCGAUUUCUGGGACUCCCACCCGGAUACCUGUGCCAACAACUGCGUCUUCUACAAAAACCACGAAGCCUACAGCCACGCUCUGCAGUCCGUCCUCUCGUCCUGCGACCCCGCGGCCAGGAGCCCCUCGGCGAGGCUGCCGCUCCGAGGCCUGGCCGCUCUCUGCGCUCGCUCGGGGAAACAUCUGUGACGAGGGCAGCCACGUCCUCCCUCCUCUACCCUGUAUUUCGGCGACUGUUGUAAGUAGAGAGCAGGGCUGUGCCCCCCGUCCUGCCUGCUCCUGCCUGUCCCUCCCCUCCAGUCUGGCAGGACGGCGCCUUCGCUCUCCCGCUCCUGGUGCUCAGCGUUGAGCUGCGCCUCUCCCCUUUCGCUCCGCGCGCGCGGGGUCGACAGGAACGCGGGGGGCGAAGGAGCCGAUCGCUUUGCGGGGCCGGUGUAG